AUGGCUCCUCCUAAUGAUCCCAAACAAAGCGCUAGCGGUAGCGGUGGUGGCUUCUUCUCUUCGAUCGCUUCCAGUUUGUCCAAUUUUGGUACAGCCAUGACCAGAUCAGUCAACGGUUUAGUGGCAUAUGAAGGACUGGAAGUCAUUAAUCCUGAAGGAGGCACAGAAGAUGCUGAAGAGGAAGCAAGUAAAGGAAGAUGGAAACAAGAGGAUCGGGACAGUCAUUGGAAGAUGAUGCAAAAGUACAUAGGAUCUGAUGUUACAUCUAUGGUGACACUUCCUGUACUUAUUUUUGAGCCAAUGUCAAUGCUGCAGAAAAUGGCAGAGUUGAUGGAGUACUCGCACCUGUUAGAUCUUGCAGAUGAAUGUGAGGAUCCCUACAUGCGUUUGGUGUAUGCUGCGUCUUUUUUCAUAUCUGUAUACUAUGCCUAUCAACGCACAUGGAAGCCAUUUAAUCCUAUUCUUGGUGAGACUUAUGAAUUGACUAAUCAUGGAGGCCUUACGUUUAUAUCAGAACAGGUUAGCCAUCAUCCGCCAAUAAGUGCUGGACAUGCUGAAAAUGAGCAUUUCACUUAUGAUAUUACUUCCAAGGUCAAAACUAAAUUUUUAGGGAACUCAAUUGAGAUCUAUCCUCUUGGAAGAACACGUGUGACACUUAAAAGGGAUUGUGUAGUUCUUGAUUUGGUGCCUCCUCCCACGAAAGUUAGUAACUUAAUCUUUGGACGAACUUGGAUUGAUUCACCAGGGGAGAUGGUCCUGACAAACAUGACAACAGGGGACAAAGUUGUACUAUAUUUUCAACCAUGUGGUUGGUUUGGAGCUGGUCGCUAUGAGGUAGAUGGAUAUGUAUACAACUCUGCUGAGGAGCCCCAGAUAUUGAUGACAGGGAAAUGGAAUGAAUCAAUGAAUUAUCAACCUUGUGACAUGGAAGGAGAGCCACGUUCAGGCACUGAACUAAAGGAGCUUUUCACUAUUUCUGGGUGGAGUAAUGAGCAGGUAUGGAGGGUUGCAGAGGCUCCAAAGAAUGAUAAAUUCCAGUAUACAUAUUUUGCACACAAGCUGAACAGCUUUGAUACGGCUCCAAAGAAGUUAUUGGCAUCAGAUUCCCGUUUACGUCCUGACAGAUAUGGGCUUGAACAUGGUGAUCUAUCCAAGGCUGGCUAUGAGAAGAGCAGUCUGGAGGAGAGACAGAGAGCUGAGAAGCGAAACCGAGAGGCUAAGGGUCAACAGUUUACUCCAAGAUGGUUUGACCAAACUGAUGAGAUUCACCCUACUCCUUGGGGGGACUUAGAAGUGUAUCAGUACAAUGGGAAGUAUACUGAACAUCGGGCUGCUAAAGAUAAUUCAGAUAGCAUUGAAGAGAGUGACAUCCAAUCGAUGGAAUUCAACCCGUGGCAGUAUGAAAAUUUGGCAGCUGAAUGA